UUGACAAUAAAGCUCCACAUGGACACGUCAAUGAUGGGUAGUCCAUUUAAAAUCCCUAAGAAGAAACAGUCAUCAGAUCACACCAGUGCUGAAAUGCUGUCACCUCUCUUGUGCCUUCAGAAUAGCAGUUCCUAUAAGGCACAGUGGAACCAAGGCAGUUUCAGCAGGAAAAACUCCAAAGACUCCAGUUCUCUGAAUGGAAAAGCACUAUCGAGUCAGGGACAGAAAUCUGAUACAAAAGCUGAAGGAGAAUCGUUGGUCCUGACAAACUCAGUGAGGACAGAUAGAGGGCAGAGCUCUGGGACUAAUGGGAACCUUGACAUCUCAAAGGGAAGCCGGACUUCAGCCAAGCACGCGCCGGCCACAGCAGACGGGCUCAGGGUCACAGAGGACCAGCGUAGAGGUAGAGGAUCACGUGACGACAAAUCGCUCAGUCCGAGAACAUGGCUCGCCCAAAGUUCACCAAAAUUAAACAGGACUCCAAGCAAGAACCAGCAAGUUCACAACAGUCAAGCUCCCUCUUCAGAGACAAGAUUCUCCAACACACAGAACAGAUGGAGGCCCAAAAGAGCAUCAGAUACCCUCUGCCAGGCUGAGGCGGAAGAGGACAGUUGUGCCCCUCCCUCUAUGAAAAGCAGUCAAGGUCAAGAGGAAAAUUCUGAUUGCAUGGAGAUGCAUGGGCCUUGUCUAAUGGAGAAGAACAAGACUAGACAGCACCAUUGUCCAGAGAGGAGUUCCUUGAAGCCUGGGUCUAUUGUACAGAGAACAUUUGGGAACGGGAGAAACGCGGAAGGCCGCGACGAAAAACUCAGAGAUAGCGAGGAUGACCCGUCCGAACGGAGCGCGGAGGGGGACGUGCCACGCAAGAAACAGAAAAGUCUGGCCGAAAACCCGCAGGCUGCACCCUCUGGAGCCGUGAAAAACGACUCUCAAGCCUCAGCGUCAGCCCCCAAAGAAAAAAGCAAAGAGGGUGAAGCUCUUGGGACGAAGGCACUCCGAAGCCCCAGUGCCUCUGACUGCAGGGACAUCGAAAGGAUGAGGUCUCUGAGAUCCCGGGGCCUCUGCAGUGCAAACAAAAGGCCCAGGCCAAGCUCCUCUGAACCUAUUGUGCUGUCCAGUGAUGAUGAGAUGGAUGAGGGAAGAGGCAGUGUCAGUACACCUGCCCGUCCAAGCACUCAACAGGAUCCUGAGAGAAGCAAAGCACAGAAACAGCUGGAGACAGAUGGACAGAUGGACUCUGAGGCCGCACAGGUAGGGCAGGCUCUGACCUGGAUAGAAGGUCGGCAGGGGGACCUUGAGGAGGAAAGUCAAGACUCCAGAGCUGGAGAGAGAAGAUCAGACAACGCAUACAUGCCGCCCUCCAUAAUGGAACUGUUGUUCUCUGAGCUGCACGUAGGCCAGAUAAAAGCACGGGCCAAUGGAACCAUUGUGAUCACAGAUGAAGGCAUCUCCAUACCAUUGAAAGAUGAACGGAGUGCGACGGAAGUGCCCGUUACGAUAGUGCCCUCUCAGCUCCAUUGGUAUGGUAUUUGGGACGGAGGCCUGGCCAAGGCCGGCGCUCUGUUAAGUGCCUGUGAUGAGCCUCUACCUUCCCUCCUUUUCCUCAGCGUGUCUGAAUCUCAGGCCAAGCUACUACAGACAGAACUCUCACAGAUCUGCACCGUAAACCAUCCAGGUCAGGCUUGUCCCUUCCUACUCCUGGUCCUAACCGAACGUUUAGAGGACUCGCAGGCCGCUCGCCUGGUGUCUCUAAUGGACCUCAUAGGCCUCUGUACUGGAAACUCGGGCCUGGAAAGCCCCCUCUCAUGGGCAGAGGGUCUAAAUCUAAUCCGUCGCCAUGGCCGCAGUGCCCAUUUGCUCUCUCUCCUGGGUCAGGAACCCUCCAAAACCACCAGUAACCUCCGGCCACACGCUGAAGCCAGGCCGAACCACUCAGGCCUUGUUCCGACAGAGGGUAGCCCAGCCAGAUUCAGUGCCAGAGGAGCUCAGAGUAAAAAUGCAGCUGGAGGCUUCGGCACCAGGUCCAAACCCAGCAGGUCUGGUUCUGCCCAGAGUCUCUGCAAACAGCAGAGUUUGCCACGCAGGUUGAUACAGUUCCCUCCACCCCCCGCCAAAGGUGGCAUCACUGUGACGACAGAAGACCUCGAGUGUCUCAACAGCGGCGAAUUCCUUAACGAUGUCAUCAUUGACUUCUACCUCAAAUAUCUGCUCUUGGAAAAAGCAGACAGGAAGAUUGCGGAGAGAUCCCAUGUCUUCAGCAGCUUCUUCUAUAAGCAACUUACGCGCAAGGACAACAGCGAGGAGGCGUCCGGCGCUGAGGCUCAGUACAGACGUCACCUGAGAGUGAGAACGUGGACCCGUCAUGUGGACAUCUUCAGCAAGGACUAUGUAUUUGUGCCUGUUAAUCAAGAGGCUCAUUGGUACCUGGUGGUCAUCUGUUUUCCCGGCCUGGAGCAGCCUCAGACCGUUGAGUUAAGAAACCCGCUCUCGGUGGAGGAUACUGGGGUCAAGAGAAAACUCCAGCCCCAGGCUAAGUGCCAAGGGAGUGCUGAUGGAUCUAGGUCAAAGGUCAGACACCAUGCCCUGGGGUCAUACAGUCCUCCGGACUGCACUCUGCAGGGUUGCCAAAGACAGACAGUGUGCAGAAGACCCUGUAUUCUUGUCAUGGACUCUUUGAAGCUGUCCUACCAUGAGCGUAUGUACAAGCUGUUACGGGAAUACCUGCAGGUCGAGUGGGAGGUUCGAAAAUCGACUCCCCGCCACUUCACCACAGACAGUAUAAAGGGAAGCCUAUGCCGUGUUCCACUUCAGGACAACAGCAGUGACUGUGGUCUAUACCUACUGCAAUAUGUGGAGAGCUUUCUACAGAACCCAGUGGUGCACUUCGACCUCCCCAUUCGGCUGGAACACUGGUUUCCACGACAACAAGUCAGACGGAAACGGGAAGAGAUUAGGAAGCUGGUCUUACAGCUGUACACAAUCCAGGAGGGUGGAGCUGAGACCAGCGGUAGGUAACACCAUAGCAACGCAGCAUGCACUGUCAAG